GCGGGGACGCGAGGGCAGAAGGAGGUUGGCCUGUUUCGGAUCAGGGUCAGGACCGAGAAGCGUUUCGCAGGCGGAGGACUCCCCGCUACCUCAGGUGACCACCGGCCCUGCUGGAGCCGGGCCUCGGCGGGACCUGCAGACCGGAGCCUCGAGUUCGUGCGCGGGGAGGAGGCUGGCAUCCGAGCGUGCGGCUGUUCCUUAUUUUUGUUCCGGUGGUCCUGGGCCGAGCGCUGCUCACUUCCGUCCCGAGAAGUGAUUAAAAUGGCUUCCAGAGGAAAGACAGAGACAAGCAAACUAAAGCAGAAUUUAGAAGAACAGUUGGAUAGACUGAUGCAGCAGUUACAAGAUCUGGAGGAAUGCAGGGAGGAGCUUGAUGCUGAUGAAUAUGAAGAAACUAAAAAGGAAACUUUGGAGCAGCUGAGUGAGUUCAACGAUUCGCUGAAGAAGAUUAUGUCAGGAAAUAUGACGCUAGUAGAUGAACUCAGUGGGAUGCAGCUGGCCAUUCAGGCAGCUAUCAGUCAGGCCUUUAAAACUCCUGAAGUCAUCAGAUUGUUUGCGAAGAAACAACCAGGUCAACUGCGGACAAGGCUAGCUGAGAUGGACAGAGAUCUGAUGGUGGGGAAGCUGGAAAGAGACCUGUAUACCCAGCAGAAGGUGGAGAUACUGACGGCUCUCAGAAAACUCGGAGAGAAGCUGACAGAUGAUGAUGAAGCCUUCCUGUCAGCCAAUGCAGGCGCUGUGCUCAGCCAGUUUGAAAAAGUCUCCACCGAGCUUGGCUCUGGAGACAAGGUCCUUGCUCUGGCAGGGUUUGAGGUUGAAAAAGCCAAGAAAUGACGAGGGUGGGAUUGGCUCUGCCAGCCCCAUCCGUCCUGACACGGUGCUUUCAUCCUGAGGACUCAGGCAAUGCAAAGACUAGAGACUCUCAAAAUGCAGCAACAGCCCAGGAACAAGUGACUUGGAAACACAGUGUGGCUUCUGCUUAGGGUCCUUGUCCUUCUCUCUGUGGGUAUCCCUUCUUACAUGACCCUGGGUUGUUGGGACAGAGGGACGUUAUUCACUGUGGUUUGUUUUGUUAAGAUGUUUUGUUUUUAGUGCUGAUAGGAGUGAGUGAGAGCUAUGAGCUAGUGACUGUCCCGACUUUUGUCUGCAUGCCUGGGAUGGACAGCACAGUGAUGUCACUGGCCCUCCUGUGUCUGAAGAAUCUUAGAAACCUUUUCAUUUUUACACAAGAAAAUCAAGACUUAGAGUGCGUGGUCUGUCUAAAGUCACAUUAGAGGCAGAGCCGAGGCUGGGGCUCAGGUGUCCUGAAUCCAAGUUUUAUUUCUUUUUUCGGUUCUGGGUUUUUUUUUUUUUUUUUUUUUUUUUUUUU